CUCCUUGGUGUAUCUUUUUUUUAAAUGUAAAACGAAGGACGGCGGAAGCCUACGCGGGUUCCCGAGACAAUUCUCCUCUUCUCGGUUAUGCAAUCUUUCGUUUCAUCGACAAGUGGCUUCUGUUCGUGCAUAAAACAAUUGUACUGACGAACAUCUGUACUCUUUCUCUACUGAAAUUCUUGCGUUGGCACGGGUCGGAAUUCGUGACGGUUCUAUGAGGUCGUGCGUUCGGUGACGAGGAAUAUUUUGCUAGUUUCAAUCGAACUAAUUUCUUGACGCGUUCGAAUCGCGGCGUUUCUUCUACGUUUCUAUUAUGAAUUAGUUUCGUUCGAACAUUCGUUCUCGCAGUGAAAAUUAUGCGUUUGUGAACUACAAAGAUAACUUCGUAGCUAUUCACAAAAUGGACACGCGACAGAUGAAUGCGAUCUGUUUUAUAUGUUUUUGUUUAUCGCUGUUGAAAAAUGAAGUUAGUGGAGGUAUCGUUACGGUAACGGAAGUUCCAGCUGGACAUUUAGCUGAGCUUCCUUGCCUGAGCAGCGACGAUCAUCACCGAUUCAUGUUCUGGCAGCUCACGGACGAUAAUCGCAUCAUCGGACCUGGAAAUGCGAUGGAUGAGAACAAAUACAAUUACGAGGUGUUAACGGGAAAACUAUUUAUCCGGGGUGUGUCGUCGGCCGAGUCUGGUUUCUACAAGUGCAUUUCGAAAGGUAUAUACGAUACUUCUGCUAUCAAUAUUCACGUCGUCGAGUUGAUAGUAAAGAAAGAUUGGGAAGACGUCUGGGAAAAUGAUUUCGAGACAAACUUGUUACGAGGAAUGGCCGCCGUUAUGGUGAUCUUCGUCGCCGUGGCCAUCAUUCUUUUUAUCGUGAUAACGAAAAGGGCUAAGAACCGCAGAUUUUUCGAUUUGGAAGAGUCGAGGGAAAAUACUCCCACGAGGUAUACGCCGAACGUGCACGCGGGUCCAGCAGUGUCGACGAUCGAAGAAGAAGGUGGUAUCGACAACGCGGCUUUGGACAUCGAUUUCCCAAGAGUGUUCAAGCAGAUGCAGAAGUGACAUACAAAUUUCUGAAUCAAAUUUAUUUGAAUUUCGUUCACGAGUUCAGAGUCGUACACAUUUAGAUUACAAAUAUAUUUAUAUAUAUAAGGGGUAUCGUGAUCUUAUAUGUAAAUAAGAAAAUAGCCUGGGCCUACAUAAUUUUGAAAGAAAAAUUCGUAAGGCAACGAUGAAAUCUUUACCGUCGUUUGCA